UCAGGAGUGUGUUGUGCAAGUCUGGAACCAAAAUCCCUGAUGAAGAUGGGUCUGAGCAUGAUCCUCAUAAGUCACGUUAACUUCCUGUUGGGAGCACUGGUGCACGGUGUGGUUUUCAAACACAUCAGCCUUCACAAGCAGGCCACAGCCAUGGAGUAUGCCAUCUCCAAUGUGUUGGCUCUCACUACAGGCCUUGUAGGAAUUGUUGUUGGCAUUCUGGCUAUUGUCCUGUCUAAAAACAAAAAGAGCAUAGGCCUGACGUGGUCACUUUUCACGGUCAGUUUGUUUACAACAAUCAUGGCAGCAACUUCAGCCAUCGGACUCAUUGUGUCUGUGGUGAAGGCCAUCAUCGACAGUGGGCAGAGGCUCUUGACUUAUCGCUGCUUCCCCACUGCCAUUGUCUACUCCGGCGUCACCAAUGAGUGCCCUUUCGACCCCACACGCCUCUGGAGUACCACUGUAAUCCUGUGGGUGCCUCUGAUUGUGACUUGUGUCAUCCAGCUGGUGUUUUCAGCCAGGUGCUUUGCUGCCUGCAUUUCAUUUCUGGGUCUGCCUUGCUGCCCUAACAGAGACAGACCCAACAACAUUGCCAGAGCAGUGAGAUUUUGA